GAUAAUUUCAAGCCGUUAAUAAAAAGAUGAAUACUAGGAAGCGAUCUUGUUUUUCUCCACGAUAUGGCGAUAUUAAAUGUGCAGAAUUAGAACAAAGUCAUUCAAGCAAUAUAGAAUCUCUUUCUCCUGUUCCUGUCGUAUAUUCCCCCGAACCUGAAAAUGAACCUCUUCGGCGAAGUCGUGAUAAUGUAAAUACUUUCAUGAAAUCAAGUCCUACUGAAUAUACUGGUGUUUGUCAGAGUUCUGGGCAGAGAACUCUCAGGCAAAGGACUGCCUCAGGAACGCCCUCCGAAUCAUCUCACGGAGCUGAAGCUAAAUUAUCAUCUGUCUCCGUUAAACCUCGGGGACUUCUGAACAGAAGGUUACGCAGGCCAUCCAAGGUGAUUCCAAUAUGUGGUUUAUGUUUGGGUACGUCAGAACUGAACAACAAAACUAACUCUGCAGAAGAAAUGAUUGCCUGUUGGGAAUGUGGGCAGUCAGGUCAUCCAACUUGUCUCAAAAUGCCACCAGAUUUAGUUAAACGUAUUUCAUCAAUUCGUUGGCUUUGUGUUGACUGUAAGAGAUGUUGUUUGUGUCAGUCAAAUUCAGAAGAUCAAAAUGCAUCAACUGAUAAGGAGGAUCCUCAGUCUGAUUUAUUAUUGUGUGAUAUUUGUGACCGAGGAUUUCAUCUUAAAUGUGCUGAACCUAAUAUGCUAGAACCUCCGGAAGGUAUGUGGACUUGUCCUAUUUGUUCACAAUCAAGUACGGAAUGUUUGGACAUAGAUCCAAGACUACGAUCCAUUCAAGUUUGUGAUCAGCUAACUCAACAUGAAAUAGACUGGAUGAAAAAAGCGGCCAAUAUCAGUGGUGCUUAUCUGACGGCACCAUUGUCAUUUUCUUUCCAACAAUCACCAGAACCUAUCAUUGAACAUAAUGAAGCGUCACAAUCAUCUCGGCCGAGUUUUUCAAUGACGUCAAAAUCGGAAGUUAAACAAUCUGUCCCAUCUGAAAGCAGUGAAACUGGUAAUAUUCCAGCAACUGUAUGCAAAUCGUCAAAACGUUUAAUUCAGAAAUCACUGACUGAUUGGACUUUAAGCUCUAAAUCGAAUAGGAAGUCAACUAAUUCUAUACAAGCUCCUCUUCAAACGGAAAAUACUAUAAACCAGUUGCCUACUGAAAAUGAAAUGACAAAAGAUGAAAGUCCUCCUAAACGAGUUUCACGUCUUCGACGUUCCUCUCUAUGUGCAAGUUUAGCUUGGCAAGGUCUGCUGCGUUCUUGUGACAGAUCAAAACCACUGCAGAAUAGAUCUAUUGAACCACAUAGUGUAAAACCUAUUGGCGGUGAAGAUGAUGACGAUGAUAAAACAGAUAUUUUAAUUUAUCAAAGCACCACCUCAUCAUGUAAAGUGUUUAACAAAUUGUCUAAAAAUGAAACAAAAGUUAAGAAAUACUUCAAGCGUACUGUAUCAUCUCGAAGCACUGACAAUUUUGUUCGCAGUAAAGCUAAGCAAAACAAGAUCAGUCUACCUGGGGAAUUAAGGUCAAUUCAUGCUUCUAGGGAUGGAACUUCUACUGGUUUGUUUAAUCGUGAAACUCUUCGUGUAGCCUCAGGAAAAUUAAAUGGAAAUCAAGGUAAUCUUAUGUUUUUUUUCUUACCAUUAUACUUGUUAGGAAUGUUCUGGUUUUGUAAGAUUUCCCUAUUUUUCUUAAUACUUCUUAGAUCAGUUUACGCUUUCAGAUUUUAAUUUGAUAGAAAUAUCAUCUGACGAGUCG